AUGUGUACUCUACGCCGUAUUCCUGUCGUCUGGUCCAUAUUCACAAGUUGUCCCUCCACACAGGCCCUCGCAAACCUCAAGGCUGUUUUUGAAGCUAGCUCUAGCUCAGUUGGCAAGGUCGUCAAGAGUACGGUGUUCCUUAAAGACAUAGGGGACUUUGCUACGGUAAACAAGAUUUAUGAAGAGUUCUUUGGCGGUCCGGAGCAUAAGCCUGUACGGUCGGCUGUUGAAGUUGAUCGGCUUCCGAAAGAUGUUUUGUUUGAGAUCGAGUGUAGCAGAUCGUUGGACACACGUGCGAUGACAGAAACUCACGCAUUAUACGUUCGGAAGAGUAUCAGUUUCGGCGAGCACAUAAUUUAGAGAUAGGAAUGGCACUAGUUUUGCGAGAUGCUUCCCGCUGAUGAAAGAUCGGAAUGUCAGAUUUUCAAUAAAUCUAUGUUGGGACUGACCUUCUGACCGCACGAGUUCGGACGCAGGACAGUAUGUGAGGUGCUUGCACUGUUUUUUUAGCGUGGUUCGCUGUAAAAUAAAACACAUUCAGCG